AUGUCUGCACAAUCGUUGACGGCGGCGGUCACUGUCUUCGAAAGUUCAAGCACGCCUCUUCAGAAAGCGCCAGUAGUAAAUGAAAGCAUAUCAUUUCGAUUUGUUCUCGAUGGCACCAUUCAGACGCUGUCAACGAACAACUCCCCCAACCAGGACUCGAUCAGUGGCUUACUAUUUGUUCCAACUCUCGACCCUGAAGACCCGUGUAACAACGUCACCGCGCCCUUUGUCCCCCAGAAUGUCACACGCGAAGCAGAUUUGCCUGAUCUCGGAUACAAUCUAAUUGGAUUGGCCCCAUGGGUCUCGAUCGAUUGCACGGAGUCGUAUCUUGCGUCAGCUAGGAACGCGCCAGCCUCAGCUCUCAUCUUCUAUCGAGCCGGUAGCCAUGACACUCAAAAGCCUCCGCCAAUUAGCGAUGCAGUCUGGACACUGAAUGAUGGAGGAGCUUGGAGACAGAAUAACCAUUACCCCGUAUAUGCAAUCCCGGGACCUGCAGGAAACACCUUGAUGAAUGAGCUCGCGCAGUACUCGGGAAAUACCACGAGUCCGGAGAACAGUAGCGACCUAUCCAAUGUUCAGUCAUCUACUAAUUUUGCACGGCUUUACGCUCUUAUCAGUCUAGAACAACCCAGCAGCUCCGUACCGAGCCUGUGGGUAUUCAUCCUCGCCAUCCUGGGAGUCUUGAUAUUUGUCGUCGUCUCGUCGAUUGUGGUGAUUCGGAUGGUCCAGAGGAGACGUCGCGAAAACCUGCGUCGUCGUAUUGAGGCGGGCGAAGUAGACAUCGAGUCUCUUGGUAUCAAGCGGAUGAAAGUACCCAGGGACAUCUUGGACAAGAUUCCCGUAUAUACAUAUCCUGUUCUUACUGCUCCACCAAAGGCUUUUCUUGGCGACGAGCAGACAUUGGCGAGCACACUGCGUGAAAAGGACGAUGAUGCGUCCGCGAUAGCACCAGCCAUGCCAAGAUUCUCCGAUCCCGACAUGAGCUGUUCAACAUUAAAGGACUUCGACGUCUCAACGAUCGAAUUGGCAACGAUGCGGGAUUCGAUUACGGACAUCAAGACAGAAGCUCGCCUGACUUUCAGCCAACCCACCUGUGCAAUUUGUCUGGAUGACUUUGUUCCCGGGUCGUCUGUCGUCCGUGAGCUCCCUUGCGCGCACAUCUUCCACCCAGAGUGCAUCGACGCUUUCCUGAUGCAAAACAGCAGUCUUUGUCCAAUGUGCAAGAAGAGUGUCCUUCCGCCAGAUUUCUGCCCGACACAAGUAACCAACCUCAUGGUUCGUCGCGAACGGUUACUGAGAAGAGCACAUCGACUUCAUGAAAGCGACAGGACAAGAAAUGCCCGUACGCGGAGGAGCAACUCUGUAUCCGGAAUUUUCCUGCAUCCUCGAUCCACUGGGUCUUUCAUAUUCUUCGCCGGCAGCCAACCCUCACUUGACGAACUCAGCCAUUAUACCACAAGGAACAGGAGACCGGCACGCUCUCCGCUUUCUAGGCAGAAUACCACGGCCGAAGCAAGUCAGCUUUCUUCAAGGCGGACCAGCGUCGCAUCAUCUCGAGACCGGCAGGAAGCUAUGCGAAUGAGGGCUGUAGCCCUGCUCGGUAAUCCUGUCGGGUCCGAAGAGGAGGAAAGAGAGCAGCAGGAAAACCUGCCUCGGUGUAAGUGUGCUUGGACGUGUUUAAAGCCUAGUUGGCUAACUGUGGAAUCUCCCAGGGCGCAAAGUAAUGAACAGAACACUGGGUUUCUAAUCAACCUUGAUACCCAGUCGAAUGUUUGCAAGCGAGAAGGCCAACGGUAG